GUUUUGUUUGUUGUCCUGCUGGGUGUUGCUACGACCAAGGAUCAGGACACCGCUGAAAGUGUUUAUCACCAGGGUGUCGUAGCAGCUUACCCAGUCCCUGAUGGUUACCAUAACGACAAAUACGAUGAUGGUUACUCUGUGCCACUAGGUGGUUUCGCCAAGACUUACUACAGCUCUGUUCCAAGUGCUUACGGAUAUGACAGCGAUUAUUAUGGCUAUGGCAAAGAUUUUGAUGGUUACGGAUACGGACAUGUUUCUUACACCCGACCAUCACAAGGAUACGGAAACUACGGAUAUGUCAGACCAUCAUACGGAUACCAAAACUACGCACACGACAAACCAUCAUACGGAUACCAAAACUACGCACACGCCAAACCAUCAGGCGGAUACGGCAACUACGGAAAUGCCGGACAAUCAGGCGGAUACGGCAACUACGGAAAUGCCGGACAAUCAGGCGGAUACGGUAACUACGGAAAUGCCAGACAAUCAGGCGGAUACGGUAACUACGGAAAUGCCAGACAAUCAGGCGGAUACGGUAACUACGGAAAUGCCAGACAAUCAGGCGGAUACGGUAACUACGGAAAUGCCGGACAAUUAGGCGGAUACGGUAACUACGGAUAUGCCGCAUCAGCACACGGAAACUACUGUCAUCCCACACCUGCUUAUAGAAUCCGUUACGCUCUUCAACCUGUUUCUGGACACGGAAACUACGGAUACACACGUCCUGCUUACAUCAGUUACGGAAUUGGGGGCUAUGCCUACGACGGACCCACAUACGGUUAUAAUAAUUACCACUAA